AUGGCGAUGUUUCAAGAGAAAUUGUAUCCGAACUGCGACGCUAGUGUAUGGCUGAGAUCUUGUGAGGAAGAGAUUGUUGAUCCACUACAAGGAGUCGUCACGGGAGAGAUACCCAAGUGGCUUCGGGGAACAUUGUUACGAAACGGACCUGGCUCAUUGAAAGUUGGAUCUACGCGUUUUGAACACCUUUUCGACAGUUCGGCUUUACUACACAGGUUUGCAAUUGAAGAUGGAGGCGUGACAUAUCAGUGCCGAUUCCUCCGUUCCAGCACCUUUAACAAGAACCGCGCCGCCGGCCGUAUCGUCGUAACUGAGUUUGGCACUAAAGCCGUCCCUGAUCCAUGCCACACGAUCUUCGACAGGGUAGCAGCAUUGUUCAAACCUGGAGAGUCGUUAUCUGAUAACGCGAUGAUAUCGUUGUAUCCCUUUGGGGAUGAAAUGUACGCCUUUACUGAAACUCCUGUGAUACACAGAAUAGACCCUGAGACUUUGGACACAUUGGAAAGAAAGAAUCUAAUGGAUUCCGUUUCAUUGGUCAACCAUACUUCACAUCCGCAUGUUAUGCCCAACGGUGAUGUAUACAAUCUUGGGAUGUCCGUAGUCAAGGGACGGUUGAAACAUGUCAUAGUUAAAUUUCCAUAUACUGAAAAAGGCGACAUGUUUGCGAAGGCACAUAUUGUUGCCUACAUGAGUCCAAGGUGGCCGCUUCAUCCCGCAUACAUGCACACUUUUGGUAUAACAGAGAAUUAUUUCGUUGUAGUGGAGCAGCCGUUGUCUGUAUCAUUGUUGAGUAUGGUCAAAAAUCAACUGUCCAACGAACCACUUGUUUCCAGUCUACAAUGGUAUCCCAAUCAUGAGACACACAUAGUUCUGCUUUCUCGUGAGAAUGGUAAAGAGGUGAAGCGUUACCGUACAGAGACGUUAUUCUACCUGCACAUUAUCAAUACAUACGAGCAGGACGGUACGCUGGUGGUCGAUAUAUGUGCUUACAAGGACGCGAAGACUUUAGAUGCUAUGUAUAUAAACGCUAUUGAGACGAUGCAAAGUAACGCCGACUACGCAGAAUGGUUCCGUGGGCGACCAAAGCGGUUGGAGCUGCCCUUGAAUGCCGACAACAGGUCGCGCAUAGAACCACGUCUACUGGCGGACCUCGGUUGUGAGACUCCGAGGAUACAUUACGACUUGCACAAUGGUCGUCCUUACCGUUACUUCUAUGCUAUCAGCUCUGACGUGGACGCCGCCAAUCCUGGAACAAUAAUUAAAGUAGAUACACAGACUGGUGAGACAAAGACAUGGUGCGACACGAACUGUUACCCCAGUGAGCCAAUAUUCGUGCCCGCUCCUGGAUCACAGGAAGAAGAUGAAGGAGUUGUGGUGUGUGCACUUGUGUGGGGUGGCACCGAGGCAAACAGCCGUCGCGUGGCGCUGAUCGUGUUAGAUGCACGAGGGAUGUACGAGCUUGCACGCGCCACCUUCACCACAUCAUCGCCAGUACCCAAGUGUCUACAUGGCUGGUUCCUACCUCGCACCCAGUAG